AUGUACAAGAGGAAUUACCGACGGUUCACUUGGAAUAAUAGGAUAGCUUAUGGUGCACCUGUUUUAACUGGGAGGCGAGAUACUGGGAAAGAUGAAUGUAGUUAUUACUCAGUUAUUGCUGCUUUGGAGUCAAAUCUGCGAAUUCAACGAGGUUUUGUGGACAAUUUGUCCAUAAAGUAUUUGAAGCAGAAGCAUGUGAAGGGACAACGACUUUCAUGCCCAAUGCAUAAGAUUUCUGGGUAUAAAAGGUAUGAUGUGUCCCAGUAUAUGCAUAUUCGAUUUGCCCUUGAGAAGCAUUUGAGGCAUGGCCCGAUGCUGGCUGUUUUCUGGAUCAGCGCGAACUAUGUCAAUUGCAUGGAGAAUGGUUCCGUUUAUCGUUUUUCAGGUGUACAUGAAUUGGAAGAUGAGAAGGAAGCAGAGGAUGAGAGAAGUAGGAUUAGUCAUGCAGUGUGCGUAGUGAGCUUUGGUAUUGAGGAGAUGGUUCCAUUUCUUAUGUUUUUAGAACUGAUAAAGCAGAAGUAUAGGAUGGUAUCACUCUGCUAUUUCUGCCCCGGGCUCACAACGCGGUCCCGGAUGCCCGUGAAGCGGUACAAGAAGAUCCUUGCUGAAAUCUUCCCCAAAACACAGGAUGAAGAGCCUAACGAGAGAAGGAUUGGGAAGUUAUGCGAUCUCAGUAAGCUUGUCGUGUUAUGCAUGUUUAUAUCUGAGCAGAUCACAGUUUACUUGGAGCAACAUAUUUACCGGGACUUAAGAAGUGAGCAGUACGGCUUUGCAAAAGUGGUGAUGUUGAUAUAUCGCAGACUGUCUGUUUCCUGUAGAGAACAGAUGCCUCUGUUUGCAAGUAGCCUAUUAAGCAUUGUACACACUCUUUUAGACCAAAAGAGGCAGGAUGAUUUGCGCAUCGUUGGGUGUGAAACCUUGUUUGAUUUUGCUGUGAAUCAGGUGGAUGGUACAUAUCAGUUCAAUUUGGAAGGGCUAGUCCCAAGACUGUGUGAAAUAGCCCAAGAAGUAGGAGAAGAUGAGAGGGCAACUGCCCUACGAGCUGCAGCCCUGCAAUCUCUUUCAGCUAUGGAAGUUCAAAACUCAAAGUGUAUGGUUUAUGGGGAGCUUUCUCAUAUCUCGUCAGAGUUUGACAAUGUUGUUCAAGUUGUACUGGAAAACUACAAACCUCAGAAGAUGCAAAAUGAUGAUCAAAGUACCAAUGAUGCUGACAACCAGUUGGUGCAGGAAGGCCAGAAUGCUGAGCACCCCCCUUCCCCUUUCAUUAUCACUCCGGCUCCUUCUUGGGAGAACAUAGUUAAUGUCAAGGGAGGAGUCAACGUGCCAGUGGAAGAUGCCAGGGAUCCUAAGUUUUGGUCCAGAAUCUGUGUGCACAAUAUGGCCAAGCUUUCUAGGGAGGCAACCACAUUCCGCCGCAUCUUGGAAUGUUUGUUUCGGUACUUUGGUAACAAUAGUUCAUGGUUAUCAGAAAAUGGACUUGCUUUGUGUGUCUUGUUGGACAUGCAACUUUUAGUAGAAAGCUCAGGACAAAAUAUGCACUUAAUGCUGUCACUGCUGAUAAAACAUAUUGAGCAUAAGACAAUGUUGAAGCAGCCAGACAUGCAGCUUAGCAUCGUGGAGGUGGCAGCUACCCUUGCAGAACAAUCCAGUGCUAUCGCUUCACCAGCAACUAUAGGUGCCAUAAGUGAUCUUGUGAGGCAUUUGAAAAGGACAUUCCACAUUACUCUUGGCAGCAAAGAUAUGGAAUUAGUAAAAUGGAACGAGAAAUUCCGGAAGGGCAUAGAUGAAUGCCUAGUUCAGCUGUCAAAGAAGGUGACUGAUGCUGGGCCAGUUCUUGACAUGAUGGCAGUUAUGCUAGAAAACAUUGCGAGCACUCCUGUUGUAGCUAGAUCAACUGCAGCUGCUGUUUAUCGCACAGCUCAAAUAAUUGCUUCCGUGCCAAAUUUGCAAUAUCAGAAUAAGGCAUCAACAUUUGAGGCUCUUACUCAGAGUUUUCAGGUUGCAUUUUCUUUGAGGAGCUAUUCGCUCACUGAAGCAGAUUCAUUACAACCGUGUCGGCGCCGGUCAUUGUUUACUCUGUCCACAGCCAUGAUUAUUUUCUCGUCAAGAGCUUACAAUGUGUUGCCACUCAUCCCGAUCUGUAAACAAAUGAUCAAUGAUCGUGCGGCCGAUCCGUUCCUUCAUUUGAUGGAUGAGAGCAGACUUACAGCUGUCAAGGAUUCUUCAGAUGAUCCUUCAAAAAUAUAUGGAUCGCCAGAGGACAACAGUAAUGCACUGAAGUCCCUUUCAGAAAUAGAACUAUCAGAAAGUCAAUCUCGAGAGUGCAUAGUCUCCACAAUCAUGAACAGCAUUGCAAAUAUGCUGGAUGCGGAAUUGCAUAAUGUGAGAAGCCAAUUGCUAAGUGAUUUCACUCCCGAUGACAUGUGUCCUACAAGCACUCAGUUCUUUGAAGUGCAUGUUGAUAAUCCUUCAUCAGGGUCUCAUGAGACUGGUCACCAUCAAGAGGGUUUGCUGAUUGACCUGGGGAAUGACCAUGAUGCUUUUGGGGAAGCUUCAGAAAGCACAGAAGCUUCCGCAUCUUCUGUACCUGCAUCAGAUCUUCUGAGUAUCGAUCAGCUUCUUGAAACGGUUGGUUCAGAACCAGCACCUCAGGCUGGAGUAGUGUCAGCAGACAUUGGAUUCAAGGAUAUGACUAGCCACUGCGAAGCCCUGACGAUCGGGAAACAGCAGAAAAUGUCUGCCUUCAUGAGCUUCCAGCAAAGCGUGCAAGCGGCAGGGCUGCCAAGCAGCCAGCCCAACCAAAUGGAGUUGGACCUUUUCCAAGAUCCGAAGUUGCCUCAGGCCGGGGCACAUAGCACGAAUCCAUUCGCUGAUGACAGCCUUCAGGGAUAUCCACAGUACAUGAACGGUCCCAAUGGCGACAACGCACAGCCAGGUCAGGACUUCCAACAACAGUCUCUCAAGCUACCGGCGGCGAGCCCGUACGACAAUUUCCUCAGGGCUGCUGGCUGUUAG